AAUGGCGCAAGUACGGCCUACGGUUCCCGGGCGCCGCUCCUCUCUGCGCGCGCGUUCGAAAGCAAGCUCAGCCAGCAACUAUCGCAAUCCCAAAGUCAACCAGACAAUGUCACAAUAUCACACGAAUAUAUGCCACGGUCACCUAAAGCACGCUCUCUCUCCGAUGUCUCUCGUCCGACAGCUCUGGCGCAACCCUCUUCGGGGGACUUAAAUCGACCUCCGAGUAAGGACGACAGCGCCAUCCCAUCGGUACCAGCAACGCCGAGUAGGUCGACAAUGCACCAGCCAAACUUCUCAUUGCAUCUCAACUCCAGAGCUGGCGUGUCCCCAACCGUUGCAAGUCGUGCACCCCUUUCGCCCAAACUCGACCCUACCCAGGCUGCAUAUGGAUCGCCUGGCUCGGUCCUGCCACGCCGCUCGCGCGGCCUUGAUUUCUCACGCGCGUGUACCAACCUACACCACUCAACUCUUGCACAAUCAUCUCCUGAGUCCUCCCCUACUGUUGGGGGGCGAGGUAUGAUGAUUCCGCAGCGGCGCAGCUCCCCAGGUUUGACUUCUGGGCCGCCUUUCUCGGCCUCGGGCCCCGCAGACCGCACCGGAAUCUCAAGUUCGGUCUCAAGUGUGAACAUGUUGGAAUCGGACACCAGUAGUAGUGAGGACGACGAGGAUGCCAUGAUGGGGGAUCGCGACGACAUGAUGCUGAGCACGCCGCAGGCGGCGAGGAUGAGCGCCGCGUCUAGCCUUUUUGCAACCGGACCUACUCACAGCCCGGGCAACGAAUGGAUGGGCAAUUACUCACAGGCCACGGCAAGUCUCAUGAGCUUCCAGCGCGCCCGCAUUCACAAGGGCCGCAGUCGCCACAGUUCAAGCAGUGCCAGUGGGAACAGCUCCAAGCCCAGUCCUGGGCCUCAUUCUCCUCCGGUGAUGAAAAGCGUGGAAAACCCGGGAGCUGGGUAUUUUGCACCCCGGCACUCUAUCAAUGCUCGUCGGGAGUCUCUUAGUCUGGGCACUCGGGAUCUGCGACUGUCGGAUCUCAGCGAUGAUGGCGAGAACCGUGGGCUUCGAGGCGGCAGUCCUCUUAGCGGCUCACAUCCGGAGGGUGGCCCGUUAGGCGUGAUUCGAAGAGCAGUGACACGUCGUGGGAGUCUUUUGCCUAAAACAAAGACCUUUGCACGGAUUCGGGCUGCCUUGAUGGAAGAAGGCGCCCCAGUCGAUAGUGAUAUGAAGCGCGAAGCAGAGGUUAUCCGGCAGGUCCGUGACACUGAACCCGACACCUCCCCUACGUUGCGUGCGGUCCCAUCGCCUGGUCCCCCGCAGCCAGGAGCGGGCGCGUUCGAUAUGGACACUAUCGAUGCCGCCGCGAAGCCCGGCACGUCAACGGCGCCGGCCAACAGUUUCAGUAAGCAUGCGAGUCAAAACUCUGGUGGAGUCGAUUUUUGGAACUCCAUGGAUGGACGUUAUCGCACCCCGCCCCCUAGCCGACAAUCGGCGUUCCCUGCGGAUGAUGACAUCCCAAUGGACAUGACGCCCUCCACCACCUUAGGCUCCGCAGCCGACUCCAAGCAGCGUUCCCAAUCUUCAACCCCGUAUGCCUCGGGAGUGACUGCGAUUGGCGAGAUCUGUCGCAAACGCCGCCGAGAUGAUGAUCUGGAUCCAAACCUCUUCAAAAGACGGGCGGUCUCGCCCAGCGUGAGCGCACAAGGAAGUCCUGUCUUGACACACUCGUCAACGAUUGACACCAACGCUCCCAAUAUCUGGGGUCCUCCGACUAAGCUUGGCCCGCCCUUUUCAGAACGUUCAAUCGGGGACCAAGUCAAUGGCAACGGCAACAGCGGCGUGGCAGGUACUGCAACCACGCCCAAUGCCAAUCGAACCAGCUUCCAUGCAGGGUCGACGAAGCGUGUGGGCUUGCAGGGCAUGACUGAAGCCAGUGAUGGAUUUAUGAACAUGAGCAUUGAGUGA